AAACUAAAACAAAAAGAUUCUUUUUUGGCUAAAAAGAAUUAUUUUUUGGAGAAGGGGAAGGGGAAGGUGGCGGCGAUCACCAUAGGUAGACCUGCGCUGAUGCCUGGUGCGCGCGAUUCCACUAUGCAUCACUCAGUGGUGGAGGAAGAAGGGAAGCCGUCGAAGGAGCUGCCUGUGGAAACACUGAAUACUGUGAAGAGGAAAAGGCAAUCAACUUAUGUCCAAAAUGCCGAGUCUCGCACUACUUCGGCGAGAAUUUCCUAUGCCUUUAUGUUUCCCCCGGCCUGCACUAUUUUUUAGUAGAGUUCUGUCUUUUAACUUUAUAUAUGUGGUUGUCGGUAGAUGUAUCUUGUACCACAUAAGAGUCUAUCAAUAUGCUAGAACAGUAGUGUAUAUCUUGUACCAAUGUGUCUAGCUUAUAUUGAUGCUUCCUGCAACAUGUCCGAAGACUACAAUAUCGCAUUUUAAAUCACGUUAGUUCUGAAUAAAUGAAAGUUGCUGUAUAUAUUUGUUAAAUAUAGAGGGGCAUUCAUGUCAAAGUUGAAUUUUGGAUUGCGGGCGGACCUUGUUCAUUGGAACAAAGAAAAGUACUAAAGAAGAGAGAUGCAUUUCAAACUAAAACUAAAGCACAUUUUUGGCUAAAUAGAACUAUUUUUUUCUACGUUGUAUUUUUUUCUCUUACAUAAUAUCUUCAUAUUACAACCCUUUCCUAAUAUUUUGAAACUGUAAAGAAAUGUUAACAUCAAGGAUGUGAAAACUAAAAGUAUUUAGGAGCAUGGCGUAUAUUUAUCAGCAAUUAAUCUGGGGGUCACUGGUAUCAAUAUUUAAAAGUACAGACACUUAUGGAGUAUUUAACAUACCUUGUCUCAGUAAGUAGCCCAUUUAGGAUUUAAGAAUGUACAAAAGAGGAGAUGCAUUUCAAACUAAAACAAAAAGAUUUUUUGCUAAAUAUAAUAUAUUUUUUUUGGAGAAGGGGAAGGAGAAGGUGGUGGCGAUCACCACGGGUGAGCCUGCGCUGAAAUCUCGUGUGCGCGAUUCCACUACGCAUCCGCAAAAGGUUCAGAAGGAGAAGAAUGGACGCAAAAAUGGUUCUAAGAAGAUGAAGUUGGUGGAGGAAGAAGGGAAGCCGUCGAAGGAGCUGCCUGUGGAAACACUGAAUAUUGUGAAGAGGAAAAGGAAAUCAAGUAAUGUACAAAAUGCCGAGUCUCGUACUGCUUCGGAAUUACAUGGUGUUGUAUGGCCAACCCAUAUCAUGGAGAGGCCAGAUUCUGAAUUCAAGGAAAAGUUGAUGCGUCUUCUCCUCAAACCAUUUAGCCAGGGAGAAUGUGAUACGCUGCUUGACAAGGCUACGACUCGCCCUCCGGCAACAAUGAAAAGGCAAACACGCGGUGGCGUGAAGUACUACAACUCUGAACAUGAAAGGCAACCAUCAUAUUUUGAUGGUCACCCAGAUCUUGCGAAACAAGUACGUGUAGAAAGCACCAGCAAACCCAACCAGUUAGCUCUGUUGCGUGGAUUUUUCUUCUGGAUGGAGAAUAUUGCGCAUCACGACCAAUUCAGGCCAUGGAGAGAUGAUUUCAAACAGUACAAAGUUACUAUGGUAGAAAUAGAAUGAGAUCACAAACAGAAUUACAGAAGAGUUUGUGCUUUCCCGAUUGAGGUGGCAAAGCCCCAGUUUCUCCUUGUUUUACUAGUUUGGUCUCCAGUGUGCAUCUUACACUGGUUGCUAUUGUUAUUUUGUCUCCAAAAACGUAGAGCUGAUGCUACCAGAAACUAGUAGCAUAUCACUCCCCAAAAUCAAUUAUCUUCAGACAGGGGUAUACCAUAGUUUGCUCAGCCUUUUCUUUCAGACAGAAGGUUUAUGGACGACAAUGUAUUGUUUUUAUAUGUGCAACUGCGGUCAUAACGUUGGAGUGCUCCCUGGUUCAUGCA